AGCAGCGACAAUAGUACCUGCCUCGGAGGCGGGUUCCAGUAAACUUAAAGCCCUUAAGGGGCGCCUGGGUGGCUCAGUCCACUGAGCGUCGGACUUCAGCUCAGGUCGUGAUCUCACGGCUCAUGAGUUCGCCAGCUCCCUGUGGCGGGGAGGUGGGGGUCCCUGGCCUCAGUGGCUGGCUUGGCUGGUGCUGCCACUUGGAGAUGGGGAGACCAUGAGGGACUGCUGGGGUUGUGAGGCGGGGAGGGGAGAGGGAGAGAGGGAAGAAAUGGCAGCGUUGCGUCUCCUGCGAGGCAUCUGAGGGCCCGGAGGUGUGGCUGGGUGGUUGGCGCUCAGGGGGCAGAGCUUUCCGUCGGGGCCGUGGAGGCACCAGGCCCUGAGGCCCAGCGAGGAGGAAGCUCCCUGCAGACGCAGCCCAGCAGGCCCUGCGGAAGCCGCAGGCCCGGAGGAAGGCCGGCAAGGCAGAAAUGGAGCCGGAAUCCUUGUACAACCUGCUGCAGCUCCCGAAGGCAGUGGGCCGGCCGGCGGAGGAGGAGCUCCCACAAGGAGAAAAGAAGAAGUACCUGCCACCCACCUCGCGGGGGGACCCCAAAUUUGGAGAGCUGCAGAAGGUGCUGAUGGAGUGGAUCAAUGCCAAGCUCCUCCCGGAGCACAUCGUGGUCCGCAGCCUGGAGGAGGACAUAUUUGAUGGGCUCAUCUUGCACCACCUUUUCCAGAUGCUGACCGGGCUCCGGCUGGACGUGGAGGAGAUGGCUCUCACGGUCCCCAACCAGAGGCGCAAGCUGGAGGCCGUCCUGGAGGCAGUUAACCGCAGCCUGCGGGCAGAAGAUCAGCCGCUCAAGUGGAGCGUGGACGCCAUCUUCAACAAGGACCUGCUGGCCACCUUGCAUCUCCUCGUGGCCCUGGCCAAGCGCUUCCAGCCCGACCUGCCCCUCCCGACCAAUGUCCAGGUGGAGGUGAUCACCAUGGAGAGCACCAAAAGUGGUCUGAAGUCGGAGAAGUCGAUGGAACAGCUCACUGAAUGCAGCACAGACAAGGACCCAGCUACCAAGGACGUCUUUGAUGAAUUAUUUAAACUGGCUCCAGAGAAAGUGAACGCUGUGAAAGAGGCCAUUGUGAACUUUGUCAACCAGAAGCUGGAUCGCCUGGGCCUGUCUGUGCAGAAUCUGGACACCCAGUUUGCAGACGGGGUCCUCUUACUCUUGCUGAUUGGACAACUGGAAGGCUUCUUCCUGCACUUGAAGGAGUUCUACCUCACUCCCACCUCUCCUGCGGAAAUGCUGCACAAUGUCACCCUGGCCCUGGAGCUGCUCAAGGACGAAGGCCUGCUCAGCUACCCCAUCAACCCCGAAGACAUCGUGAACAAGGACCCCAAGAGCACGUUGCGUGUCCUCUACAGCCUGUUUCGCAAGCACAAGCUGAAAGAAAACGCAGACAGCACGCCCCGUGGAUCCCCGAAUUAACUGUCACUGCCCCCCCCCCAAAGCUGCUUCUCUGAGCCUGCUUGCAGGACCCAAGGGAGGGCCCAAGGGCCACAGAGGGACCUCCCCCACCAUACAGCCGGCUGCCCUCUGUUUCCCUGUGUGUCUGUGGCACGCCUGCCCCUUCCCCCCAUCCCUGAUCCGCGUUUCCAUCCGAAUAUCUUUGAAUUCAC